UCUUUCUCUCGCUUUCGAUGUCGCCGUUUUGUUAUGGCGCCGCGACCAGUCACGCGCGCGAGAUCGUAAAUCCCCGCGUGGAGAUUCACGACGCGACGCUUGACCGUGUUUUGGCAGUGAUCACCGAGAACCACCCCCUGCACGUCGCCUCUUCACCAUCGCCACCAUCCUCUUCUGAUCUGCUCGGCCGCAGCCUCGGGACCGAAGAGUUAUGUAACGCUCGCCGAGAAGCCGCCGACCACUGAACCCGCCCGCCCGGCUCGGAAUGCGGGAUUCCUUCGCAGUUUUCGGCGAGACGUGUUUGGCUUCAAUGUUGGAAAGCAGCACCAGUUGGCUAUGGCUCGUGUACUGAAGUCACAGCUGCUGUCCUCCAAGCCGCCCCUUGUUUCUUCAUGGCAGCAACGAGUGACAGCGGGCUAGUGGACACAGAUCCAGGUCGAGUUAGCAGCAUGACAGCCAUUAACUCGGGUCCGGUCGGGGAGGUGGGCGGCGUGAGGCUGCCACUGCAGUCAUUACAUGGAUACGGAUCUGUGUUCAUGUACUCGGCGUCGACGAGUCCCGGGGGUGGAGGUGGUCAGGGUGGCGGAGGCAGGGGUGAAGUCACCCUCCGCCUCCGCGAACCCGAGGACAUUCCCGAAGAGGUCCUCGCUCGUCUCGAGGACACCGCCACCCUCUCCAUCUCUCUUCAAAGCGAUGCAGUCCUGAGGCUAGGGGCGGCUGGCGCAGGAAAUGGAAAUUUAGAGUUGUUCGAUAGUGAGAGCGGGCCGGACCUCACGCUAUCACCUCAAACCUUUACAUCAACGGCGGAGGCCUUCAUCAAUGACAAUAGCGACAGUCUCGGAGUUCCAGGAGACAACGAUACCGGCAAGUUAUUCUUAUUCAAUUAUCCAUUUAUGAUCUAUUUGAGAUGA